CUGCAUUAGCGGACUUUGCUGAUCCUUGGGACUAGCGGGAUAAUCGAUGAGUAAUCCGAAGCGUCGAAGGUCUAAUGUAGAAUUUUUGGACUUGAGUAACAUUAUUGAAUCCCCACCCGUAAAUUUCAAUGAUGAUCAGAAUAUCAGAAGGUCCAAAAGACUUCGUCUCAAUCCUACCUACUCAUCAAACUUUGAAGGUAAAGAGCUUCUAAAACCAUCCACAGCAACUAGACGGAAAUCUUUGAGACACCCACUAAAGCAAUUGCAUUCGCAUAAUAUUACAUCCACCGAUCCUACGCAAUCAGCAGAUCAAAUAAGACCUGAUCUACCACCAAUGGAUUUCAGUUCUAUCAAUACUAUAGCAUUUGAUAAUCUCUCAAUCUCAUCACCAAACAAGUCAGAAAAUACUAAACCAUAUCAUCAAAGUCCUUCAUUUAUUCCCGAAGUUGUUCCAGAUUUUUACCUCUCUAAAAAAUAUGUCCCUCCUAAACACAGAGGGUUAGCCACAAUAAUUGAAAAUUCUGUUGAACGGAAUCAACGACGUCCUAGAUCGGCUAAAGUUUCUCCAAUAAGACGACAAAUAUUUACAGGUCAAACUCUUGAGGAAGCUUGUACUCCUACAGCUGCUGGUAUUGCUCCACUAGACCCAGAACUGGUGUUAUCAACUGCACGUAAGCGUGUCAUCAGGCGUCAGAAGCUUGCAAAAAAGUUAGGGUUUCGUGGCAUCAGUAUAUCCAAGGAAACUGAAGAGAACUUUGAUAAAUUUAUCUCACAAUCGAAUUUAAAUUCUUCUCAGAGUAGCUCGGCAUCUCUGUGAGUAUACAUGUAAUCUUUUCGCAUUAAUCUCUUCCAGCUUAUGUAUACCUACGUCUUUCAAUUAAAUAUCAAAAUUCACUCCGUUUUAUAUACAGAUUUUAUUCAUCCCUUCAUAUGACACGUAUUUUCACUAGUGAUAACGUGAAAGUCUUAUACACAUUGGUUGCAAAAAACAUUGUAAGGACCUUAUAUUUCAUCACCAUUAUCUUGCAUAUAAUAUCAUACGGUGUAGAUUUUUUUAAUACAGACCAAAAUCUGGGACAUUUUAUGAAGCAUUAUUUAUUUUUAACAUCAUCUUUUUAGUUGUUUCAAAACAAUAAAUGUCGUUACAUUUUUCUCAAGA